GAUUCCAGUGGCCUGGCAAUUAGUGACCAGGGCGAUACGCGGAACCGACACACAAAUAUCCGGACGGUCGAGGACAAGCCGUGCGUUUCUAGAGAGGAACCGUGCGCUUUUAGUGGAUCUACUAAACAGCAGAGGACUGAGUAGAACUAGUUCUUUCAAAAGAGCAUCUUUUACCUUUCUGUGAACUCUGGCUAGUAAGGUCCGGGGCAGUAUGAACCUGUUUGAUGUCCUGUCUCCAUGUCAGCACAAGUUUCAGGUCGAGGAUCGUCUAAACCCUCCUGUCAGAAGGUGACCAGUCUGACCCAAUCCAAACUCUACAGGAAUAUGCCCGGCCUGCACAAUGGACUCCAACAGCACCGAGUUGGGCCACUUCUCUCCAUCCGACACCCUCGGAGUGGGAAUGUACCCGGCAUCCACUCUGUGGCCACUGCUCCAGAACACAAGCCUCGUCAACCUCACUGCUGUUUUCAAGCUCAAUGGGAGUAAUGCUGAGGCUGAAGGUCAAUCCUAUGAUCCUCUGGGUGGACACUCGCUCUGGCAGGUCAUUCUCAUCGUUGUCUUUACAGGCCUGCUUUCCCUUAUUACUAUUAUCGGCAACAUCUUGGUCAUGGUGUCAUUUAAGGUCAACCGACAGCUCAAAACAGUUAACAAUUACUUCCUACUCAGCUUAGCCGUGGCAGAUCUCAUCAUUGGGGUCAUCUCUAUGAACCUGUACACUGCCUACAUCGUCAUGGGCCAGUGGGCGAUGGGAAACUGGGCAUGUGACCUCUGGCUAGCCAUAGACUACGUAGCCAGCAAUGCAUCUGUCAUGAAUCUGCUUGUCAUUAGCUUUGACCGAUAUUUCUCCAUUACGAGGCCUCUGACGUACCGUGCCAAACGCACCACCAAGCGAGCAGGAGUGAUGAUUGGCCUGGCAUGGUUUGUGUCACUCAUUCUUUGGGCACCUGCCAUUUUGUUUUGGCAGUAUUUCGUAGGACAAAGAACUGUUCCACAGGAUAAAUGCUACAUUCAGUUUCUCUCCGAGCCUAUUAUUACGUUUUGCACCGCAAUGGCGGCGUUCUACCUGCCGGUGACGAUAAUGAGCGUUUUAUACUGGCGAAUAUACAAAGAGACAGAAAACAGAUCACGGGAACUUGCUGGAUUGCAAGGUUCAGGUGGACGAUUUGGAGGUGUUGAGCGACCACGAUUCCAUCUCCACGCCACUAGAGGGAGCUCUAGGAGCUGCAGCAGCUUUGAACUGGGCCAACCUGGUCAUAAAAAAGCCUCUGUUCACAGUCUGAGUGGGAGAUUCCACUGUUGGGGGUGGAAGUCUGGUGGCAGUGAUAAAAGUGGGCCAAAUAGGGAGGCAGAUCAGAGCAGCAGUGACAGCUGGAACAACAACGACGCUGGACUUUCAGCUGAUCACUCGGGUUCAUCUGAUGAAGACGAGAGCGCACCAUCUACAACAAGAGCCAUCUUCUCAAUUGUUCUCAGUCUGCCUGGCGUGAGGGCCGCAGUCAACUCCCAGGUCACUUCCUGUGAGGAACUGGACACAGAGGAAGAUCCCUUACGGUCAGCCGAGGAGAAGGACAGCAGGGAUGGCAGCAUCUCACGCUCUGUCACCAACGGGAACAAGCGCUUUGUGGGUGGCAUGAGUAAAGUUCAGUCAAUGUCUGCAAUACAGCCGACAACAGAUACCACCACAGACAGCACUAACACCACCAUCAAAUCUCCCUCAGCACCAAUAACUUUCAAAGAGGCAGCUUUAGCAAAACGUUUUGCAGCUCGCGCAAGGACACAAAUCACCAAGCGCAAGCGCAUGUCGCUAAUAAAGGAAAAGAAAGCAGCACAGACUCUAAGCGCCAUCCUCUUUGCUUUUAUCAUAACAUGGACGCCUUAUAACAUCAUGGUAUUGGUGAACACUUUCUGCAAUGGCUGCAUACCUGAGAACCUCUGGGCGCUAGGCUAUUGGUUAUGUUACGUCAACAGUACAGUAAAUCCUAUGUGCUACGCACUUUGCAACAAAACUUUUCGUAGCACUUUCAAGAUGAUCCUGCUAUGUCGCUGGGAUCAGAAAAAAAGCAAGCCAAGCUUUCCGCAAAGACAGGCUGUGAGGUUUCACAGGCCCAUACCGACAGACUCCACAUAGCAAAUGAAGAACAGUGAAGAAGCUAAAGUGCUAAUGCUAAAAUGAAAGAUUCAAGAGGUGAUUCCUCAAGACUCUGUAUUAUAUACUCAAGCUUUAAUAUGUAAGUCUUGAUGUGGACGUGUAGUUCAGUGUCUUUUGAUCCUGGGUCUCUUGGUCUUAACAUUUUCAGACACUGUGGUUUGAGCAAGUGCAAUUGCCAUCUGUACUCCCUGUGGACUUUUGUAUGCCUUUUACUAAAUCUUCAGUGCCAACUUUCAGGAGUUCAGCGAUAUGUAAAAAAAAAGUACAUUUGAAAUGUAGACUGUAUAUUUUGAAUCUCUGAGAGUUUAUCAGAUGCGAUACUCUUCAGAUAAUUGUUUGAAUAUUUUGGGAUUGAAUAUUACAUAUUUCAUUCUUGUCAAUGAACAGAAACUAAAAUAUGAUUUUUAAAUAUUGCAAUGUAUAUGAAAGUAUUUACGGUGAACAAUAAUUAUAAGAUAUUUCUUUUUGUACGUGAAAUUUGCUGAUUUCUGUGAAAACGUGCCACACAGGGGUUCAGUGCUGUCUCGGUAAGUGUAAGUGUUCUUCUGCAACAUGUGAGCCACAGUUGAACAGUUUGUAGGAUUUUCUCUUCUUUUGGUUAUUCAUAAACAGCACUUCCGUAAGCUGCUCUUGUAUUAUAAAGCGUGGUUGUUUACAUUUGUUUUGCUACAAGUAUUUCAAUAGCUAUUAUGUAUGUUUUCAGUGCACACUGAAUAUAUUUGUAUAUGUUUGGAAUGCCUUACGUUUGACUUUGAGAUUGUGCACUGAUUAUACUGGGCUAGCUGUGAAAUCAAUUAUAAAACCUGAAGAAUGUUUUUAACUCUGUUUAAUGGACAUUCAGAUUUAACAUUAUUGUGCUGGGAGGUCAUUUCUUUUAAAGCCAAACUGUUUCCUCUAUUACCACUUAAUUUAACAUAACUCAAAUUAGUUACAUACAGACUGUUUUCUAGAUUAAAAAGCACACCAAAUUCAGACCUAUCAACCGAGCGUGCAUGUUUCUUCAACUCUGAGCUCCUUUGGCUCAGGGAAGAAAAUAGGUAACAUGUAAUGUGAACUAAACGUUACUUUAUUAUAAACUAAUGAUGAAUUAAUGCAUGCACUAAUCAUGAACUAACUUUAACUACAACAUGAGUCACAGGAAUUUGUGUGUUAAUAACGACUGCCUUAAUUACUUGUUGGUACAUGAUUGUUUGUUAAUUCAUUUAUUACAGGGUGUCCACGUGGUCCCAAAAAGUAUUAAAAGUUGAUAAAUCAAUUAUGAGGAAAAUUAAGGCCCUUAAAAGUAUUAAAAAGUCUCAAUCAAAUUUUUACAAGGUCCUAAAUUUCGAACGUUGUCCGAAGUGUUUGACUCCAAAAAAGCAUAAAUAUAUUUAUUUUCCUCGAUCUAUGCGUUUGGUUCGGCCCGGGCACAUCCGGCCGAGCUCCUCCGUCUUUGCGAGAAAAAGACGAGAAAGACGAGUUCAAACAGCGUCUGAACCCUGUCGCUAAAACAGUCACAUAAUUUAAUCUUUCAAGCUUUGUUUCUUCUGAGCUUAUCUGAGAUCUGCUGCAUGGUUGUGCUCCAUUAAUUUAUUUAACUACAACUGUUUAUUAAGUUAAACGUGUGAUACUGAUUUGAACUUGAUGAGGUCUUAAAAUAUUUUGUGAAGAUCUUUAAAAUGUCUUAAAAAGGUAUUGAAAUUACUUUUAGGAUUCCUGCAUAUACCCUGUAUUAAGCACCACAUUAGUUUAUGCUUAAUUUAACCAUCAUAAAUUCAUGAGCUGUUAAUGUAGAAUUAUAUCAUGACCUUACUUGGAUGGCCACAUCAUCAUUAACCCAUCCUUAACUACUCAUGAACUCCUUAUGCACGUCCGUCUAGUGCGCAUACACUUAAUAACAAUAGAAAGGUGUUCUGUCAACAUCAACAGUUUAAACACUCAUGUUCAUAAGUAGUUGAGGAUAAGUUAAUGAUAAUGUGCCCCUCCAAGUCAUGACAUAAUCAUAUAUUAACGGCUUAUGAGUUUUUGUUGAUUACAUUUAGCUUAAACUUAAAUGUUAAUUAAUACAUUAAUUAACAACAUGUACUAACAAGUGAUUAAGGUAGCCAAUGAACUCAUGUGACCCAUGUUGUAGUUAAAGUUAGUUCAUGAUUAGCACAUGCCUUAACUCAUCAUUAGUUCAUAAUAA